AACCAAGCAGGCAAUUACAGCAUUAGAAAGAAUAUCAUCAAAGUUUCCGUUCAAACCGAGUCUCCCUGGACUGAACUGAGAAAUAAUAGGGACUCGGAAGCAAUGCUGUGCAUUCAUUGUAGACAGCCGAAGGACGAGAAGGAUGUAGAGAAACGUGAACAAUUCAAAGAGGUUUGCGGAAGUAAUAGGGCUCUAAUAAUGGCAAACUUGAGGUAGUCUGCUGAUGGCCUCGAGCAAAAGGGGAGACUGGGGGCUUACUAAUGACAGCAAUAGGGAAGAGGGGAGGUUGGGACUGAGGAGCCCAAAGAGGUUGGCUUGCUUCCUGCUGGCCCCCGAGGACUCAACGCCAGGCAAAGUUCUAAAACUUAUCGAGGCUCCUGGCCAAUCGGCUCCUCCUGCUCCGUUGCUGCUACGUAGGUUGAACAAUGUAAUGAGGUUUUCCUAAAAAAUUAGUGCAUGACCUUCGCGAUGCUUAAGUAGAUCCCAACUUGCUUUCAGCGAGAAACUCAUUCAAGCCCUGGGCAGCCGCUGUGAAGAUUAGACCGGCCGAGAACGGAGACGCGUUGCACGGCUCUGGCGUUUCAGUCACCAAGGACCCUCUUAAUAGGAAGGAUUAAUACCGAGACCCAAGCGUUUUAUCAUUGAACUGGUAUCAAGGGAACUUAGAUUUCAAUUAGUACUAGAAGCAUGAAGGGCAGUAUUGAAAAAUAUUACGCUCCUGUUUUCCUUAGUAACUGAUAUAAUCCUAUUGAAAAAGGGAUUUUCCCUUUUAUCAAUUGACUUUGUUGGAAGGCUCAAAUCCUGCGAUGUAACCAUGCUCUGUAAAGGGCAAUUUAUUUACUCUCAUUAUCACGAAUCUUAUUCCGAGUGACACAGGAUAAAGAGAUCACAUCCAUCGCUGUAAAAAUACACCGGCGUUGCAAAAUAAUAAAGCACUGAGGCGGCCGUUGUUGCUCAGAUCAUUUUUGGAAGUAAUUUGUACCAUAACGGCAUCACGGAGUUGCCAAGCUACCCGGCUUCAACACAGAGCUCUGAACAGCUACUGUUGAUAAUGAAGAAUACAAUACAACCAAUAUUUGUUUUCUGCUUGAAUACUUGACCCUGGAAAGAAUUGGGAUUGUACUGGAUUUGGUGCUGCGUGCGUGGUCGCUACAAAAAUGAGUGCAAGGGGAAAGGCGUAUUUGGCAGACCUAGGGGGAAGUUUUACUGAAGAUGCACCAAGACCACCUGUUCCAGGCGAAGAAGGUGAACUGGCAUCCACAGACAGUAGGCAAUUAAACCACAGUUUCUACCCCAUAAAAAAUGAUGGACUUAAAAGUGAGGCUUCAACAGCAACCCCACGGAGGCCAGAUUUGGAUUUGGGUUAUGAACCAGAGGGGAGUGCUUCCCCAACACCCCCAUACCUGAAAUGGGCAGAGUCAUUGCACUCUUUGUUGGAUGAUCAGGAUGGAAUAAAUUUAUUCAGGACUUUUUUAAAGCAAGAAGACUGUGCGGACCUUCUGGAUUUUUGGUUUGCAUGCAGUGGAUUCAGGAAACUGGAACCUAAUGAUUCUAAUGAAGAAAAGAGGCUGAAAUUAGCAAAAGCCAUAUACAAGAAGUACAUUCUGGACAAUAAUGGUAUUGUAUCUAGGCAGAUCAAACCAGCCACAAAAAGUUUCAUUAAGGAUUGUGUUAUGAAGCAACAGAUAGAUCCUGCUAUGUUUGACCAGGCCCAAACUGAAAUUCAGACAAUGAUGGAGGAGAACACCUACCCUGUAUUCCUGAAGUCUGAUAUUUAUUUGGAAUAUACAAGGACAGGUGGCGAAAGUCCAAAGUUGUUUAGUGAUCAAAGCUCAGGGUCUGGGACAGGAAAAGCUUUAUUAGGAUAUUUACCUACAUUGAAUGAAGAUGAGGAAUGGAAAUGUGACCAAGACACAGAAGAACAAAAAGGGAGAGAUUUGGCUACUGUAAGCAGGCUUACGCAGAAAUUGCUCAUGGAAACAGCACCACAACGUGCUGGUCCAACAAGGCGAUUCGAUGAGGCUCGAGAAUACAGACAUGGUUCAUGGCGGGAACCAGUCAACCCUUACUAUGUGAAUACAGGGUAUGCCCUGGCACCAGCAACAAGUGCUAAUGACAGUGAGCAGCAGAGCAUGUCAAGUGAUGCGGAUACUAUGUCGCUUACAGACAGUAGUGUAGAUGGAAUUCCACCGUAUAGAAUCCGAAAGCAGCAUCGGCGGGAAAUGCAUGAAAGUGCCAAAGCGAAUGGACGAGUGCCACUACCUCACAUUCCUCGCACGUAUCGGAUGCCAAAGGAUAUCCAUGUUGAACCAGAAAAGUUUGCAGCAGCACUAAUUAGUCGGCUGGAGAGUGUACUGCGAGAGCGAGAGGCAGAGGAGAAAUUGGAAGAACGUCUUAAACGUGUGAGAGCGGAGGAAGAAGGAGAGGAUGCAGAUGUUUCAUCAGGUCCCUCUGCUGUUAGCCACAAACUGCAACCUGCUCAGGCUAUGCACCACUUCAAUUCUCGUUACUCUGAGAUGGGCUGUGGUGGGUUGCAAAUGCGUGAUGCUCAUGAGGAAAAUCCAGAAUCUAUUCUUGAUGAACAUGUCCAGCGUGUGAUGAAGACUCCAGGUUGCCAGUCUCCAGGACCUGGACGGCAUUCUCCAAAGUCCCGCUCUCCUGAUGGCUUAUCCAGUGGAAAGACAGGGUUAGCUGGGUCGUUGUUACCUUCAAGUCAUAAACAUGUGUCCAAGACUGGUGUGAAAGUUGAGUCUCCCAAUCUCUACCAUCACAAGCAUGUUUACCAUCACAUUCAUCAUCACAAUGGGAUGAAACCAAAAGAACAAAUUGAGGCAGAAGCCACACAAAGGGUCCAGAGUAACUUCUGGAAUGCUGACUCGCACCACUAUGCAACAAAAACGCGGAAUUAUCCUGAAAACAUGAGCAUGGUACCUAAUCCAUUGGAGUCUUUGAAUUAUGGGAGUAAAGUCAACACACUGUCAAAACGAAAUGCCAAGAAGUCUGACCCAGGAAAAGCAGACCCUGGGAACUAUGAAACCCCUGCCCCUCCUGAGGACGUGGAGCGGAAUCAGAAGAUACUGCAGUGGAUAAUUGAAGGAGAGAAGGAAAUUCAUAGACACAAGAAGACUCCACAUAAUUUGAUAGGUGCCAAGAAACAACCUAGUCAUGAUACUUCCAGACCAAGUUCAAUUGAGAGGCCAGGAGCUGUUCAUCCAUGGGUCAGUGCUCAGUUGCGAAAUCCAGUCCAACCAUCACACCCGUUCAUUCAGGAUCCAACUAUGCCACCCAACCCAGCACCUAAUCCUUUGACUCAACUGGAAGAGGCACGCAGGCGACUUGAAGAGGAGGAAAAGAAAAGUGGCAAACUACAGUCCAAGCAAAGGUAUGUGCAAGAGGUUAUCCAACGGGGUCGCACUUCUAUCAGACCUGCAUGUAUUCCAGUGCUGAAUGUGGUACCAGCCGUCUCCGACAUGGAUCUCUCUGAGUCAGAGCAUAAACCACAGAAGAAAUCAGCAAAUGGUGUGUUGCAGCCUGGUGAUAACAUUGUGGUAGCCUACUACUUCUGUGGGGAACCAAUUCCAUACAGGACAUCUGUUAAAGGACGUGUGGUCACAUUAGGGCAGUUUAAGGAGCUGUUGACUAAGAAAGGGAAUUACAGGUAUUAUUUCAAGAAAGUGAGUGAUGAAUUUGACUGUGGGGUGGUGUUUGAAGAGGUUCGUGAUGAGGAAGCAAUUCUGCCAAUUUUUGAGGAGAAAAUUAUUGGAAAAGUAGAAAAAAUUGACUAAAUGCAAUUCAGCCAUGAAGAGUUUCUAAUGGUACAAGAGAAGUUUCAGCUGCUUGGAGUGUUUAAAAAUGCAUUACUGGGGGUCACAGUGGUUAACUGUGGAAAAUGCAUCAACCUGACAUAUUAAGGCUUCCAGCUCUCCACAGGGAUAUUUUACAACUGCUCGUUACAGCAGAAAAAAAAUGGUGCUUUCAUCACCAAGGUCUGCCAAUGCAGUCCUUUGUAAGGGGAAUGUUUGCAGCAUUAUCUUCUCUUUAUCAGUAUAUUUCAAACACUAAGUGUAAUGUAGCAUUGUAAAAUUGUAUUAGAAAUUGUAAUAUGAAACUGUUUACUAAAGCUGCAUAUUUUUGAUAUAAUGUAAUCUGAGGAAAAUAGCAUUUUUAAUGUAACAGUGCUCUUAUGUUAUUUUAAAACAUACAUACAGGUACUUGAGCUCACCAAAUGUGUACAGCCAUGUAUUAAUAGCUAUUUUGUCCACAUUUCAAACCAUUGAUAGGUGUUUCUCUACUUACUGAAUGGAUGAUUAUCACUUCUGGCUUGUCAGGACAAUGGUCAUCAAAAAAGUUUAUAUAUUACCUUUGCAAACACUACUGUAUAGGCCUUUUUCACAGGGGGAGAAAGUUCUACUAUUUCAUAAGACCCAAUCAGAAUGUGUAUGCUAGGAAGUAAUUGACUGAUAGCAGUCCCCCAUUUCCCAUCCCUUACUAACAUAUUGUAGGUACCUAGCAUGUAUGACUUUGGUGCUUGUUAGCUUCUGUGCACUUGCAGUUUUGGUGGGAGGAGAAACUAAAUCCUAACUAAUUUGUCUUAAAUACCCACUACAAAUAACUUAAAUGAAUUAGAUUUGAUUUAUUAAUUUAGCUGGAGCAUGAUUUGGAAGAGCACGGGUAUUGAUUUUAUUUGCUAACUCCAGCACUGAUUAAACUGGUUGUAAUGUUUUGCAUUUGAAAAAUCCACUAGCUUCAUUUCCAACAUGAAGCUGGUAAUACACCAGGGCAGUCAACAUCAUAGAACAUAAUAGCAGAAUAUAUGCCUUUCAGCCCAUGAUAUUGUGCCAGCCUUUUAAUCUGCUCUAAGAUCAAUAUAACCCCUCCGUCCUACCUAGCCCUCAAUUUUCUAUCAUCAUGUAAUCUGUCUUCAAAUUACCAGCCAUGUUUUCAACACAAGUCCACAACUUGCAAUGUGCACUGUCUCUCUGCUGGCUCUGUUGCUGUACUGACACGGGUGCUUAUGAUGAAGUUGGCCACAUUAGUAAGUGAUCUGUUCAAAAUAUCUAGUCAGUUUCAAAAAUGUCAUGCUGUUUUCUAAAAAAAAAGACAUUUAAUUUUUUUCGUAGCGUAUACAAUCGAACAGUUUAAUAAGUUGCAAAUAUCUGGAAUUGAGAGUCAUUAAAUUAGCAGCAAACGUGUAAAAUAGCAUGCAUUCUUUUCAUCUGGACUAUUGCUUGCCUAGUAAAGGACUUGGACUGCCCUCUGCGUAAUUUUAAGAUAUUGCUCUUAGGAGCAAAAAGAAAAAUGAGCCAAACUGUUAAUUCUUGUUGCUUAAUAAUAGUUCUUAAUUUCCAGUGUUCAAUACUUUGCCAAGCACUUUGUUCCCCCUAAUUAAACAUUAUUGUAAAAUUCAUUGGUACCAAAUUUUAAUUGUGCAGUAAUGCUGCCUUUUUAAUUGUUAAUGAAAUUCAUUUCCUGAGACAUAUUGUCUCCUAAACAAAGGAAAGGCCUGUACAGUAAAAGUUACUGUUAAUAUGGUUUUAAUUUGGAAACAAAGUAUGAAUUGCCAGAAAAAAAUCAUUUUUUCACCUGUUAAGCCUCAUUCUGUGUUGGCUGAUGUAUGACAGAACACCCGGAGGGAGGUAUCCCUGUUUCUACUCUUAGUGUUCAAAAGGGCCUGAAUUUUGAUUUUGAAACUUCAUACUGGAAAUUAGGCUUUCACCCACAUGCUUAUUUAUAGAUGUAACCAAACUGUCAUGCCAUUACCCCACCCACUCUCCAUUCUGAUGGCAUUGUUCCUCUCACAAUUUAAUUUACUGCCAUUUGGCUGUCAAAAUUUUUAGAAACUGGGUUUAAAACUAAUGAGGGGUGUUUCAAUCUGUUACACAGAAAUGAUAAUUAGAUACAAGUUUUCUUAAGAUCCAGUAAGUCUAAGGAACAGCCUAAAACAACAUACUUGUGUUUCUGAAAGGUAUUGUGUAAAUAAAAAUACAUCACAGAGUGCCUUUUAUAUUCAAUGCUGUUACCUGUCUGACGCUAUGUGACCCCCCCCCCACCCCACCCUCCCCCAUGACUGAGGAACAGGUCUCCUCAUCCAGGGAUUUGCAGUACGGUUUUCUCCUCCUGCAUUUGGUGUCCAGCGGGAUUUUUAAGUGGCCCUGCAUUCACGGGUUUUGCAUUUCCCUUUUUUCUAAGGGUUUCCAUUGUAAAUAUGUACAUUUUCUAAAGAUGUCUUCAAGUAGCAGCACGUCAGAAGAUUUAGUUACCUGGUUUCAGUCAUCUUUCAGUGUGCUGACUUGUACAAUUAUCUUUUAAAAGGUACUUGGACAAUAAAGAAAAGAAAAUCAAGUGAUUUCUGUGUACUUUCUAUAUUUGGUUGGGACUUCGUUGGUCACAUUCUGCUUAUCUGAACAUGGGCUAGCAAUUAAAAACCUUGGACCAAUGAUCAUGGUAGCUGAGAAAUUGAAUGAUACUGAAAUAAU